GAGUGUUGUCGGUACAGUGUUUUUGCAUCGGCACGCCGAGCAACAACGGCGCGUUAUCCACAGUGGCGUUAUCGUUUUCAUCGUCGUUUCUAUCGUUGGGAUCGCGUACGCGUCAUGCUCGCCGUCGACACCGUGCUGUGGUGGUCCGUCGCGACCGUCGCCCUGGCCCGGGGAUGGCACGCGCCACUGCCGGGCGACACGGUACCGGAAUCGUACGAGCUGAGUGUGGCGCCCGACAUGUCGGCGGAAAACGCGUCGUUCGCCGGUCUGGUGAACAUCGCGAUCGUGGCCAAGAAGACCACGCCCUCGAUCACGCUCCACUCCAAGCGCCUGGUCGUGCACCAGGUCGACGUCACGGACGUGAUGACCAACAGGCGCUUGCGGGUGGACGGUUGGACGUACGACCGCGCCGGCGAACGGUUGACCGUGUCCGUCGGCGAACACGUGUUGGCCGACCGCAAGUACACGAUGCGCCUGCGGUUCGAGGGAAGUUUGAGCGACGGUGCGACCGGAUUCUUCAAAAGCUAUUACGACGCUACCCGGUCGAACACGAAAAAGUGGUUCGCUGCUACUCAAUUUUAUGCUACACAUGCUAGAAGUGCAUUUCCUUGCUACGAUGAACCCGCUUAUAAGACGUACUUCAAAAUAUCGAUAAGAAGAAAAACAAAUGAAAUCGCUCUAUCAAACAUGCCAAUUUUAAACACUGUUGAUGUGGUCGAGAAGGCCGCGGGUGAUUCAUUAGUGUACCAGAACUGGACUUGGGUGCACUUCAUGCAAACGCCGCCCAUUUCUACGAGCUCAGUGGCGUUCUUCGUCGGCGAUUUCGAACGGCUCGCGUGCACUGACUGCCAGGACGUGACCAACGUGUACUCGCACUUGGGAAACUUGUAUCAGAUCGAAUACAUAACCAGAGCCGCGCCUGAUCUGCUGAAUACCUUGGAAACAUACAUCAAUGUCACGUACAGUCUGCCCAAGUUGGACUUGCUGGCCAUACCGAGACUGAGUACCAGUGCUAUGGAGGGCUGGGGAUUAAGCGCUUACAGGGAACAAUCGGUUUUCGUCGACAAGAACACCAAGUCCAAAGAUGUGGUGUUAGCCAAAAUGACGGCAGAACGCGUGAUGGCACACCAGUGGUUCGGCAAUCUGGUAACGCCCGAGUGGUGGGACUACACGUGGCUCAACGAAGGGUUUGCCACUUAUUUCGAAUACUUCGCUACCGCAGAGGUGGAACCUGAUUGGCGUUUGGAACACUUUUUCGUGAUCGAGCAACUGCAAUCGGUUCUGGAAUACGAUCAGAGCACGGCGAAACAGCACCCGUUGUCCGCACCGUUAAGCGUCCCCGAAGAUGACGAUUACGACGUUUUCGAUGGGAUCGCGCGCAACAAGGGCGCUGCGGUUUUAAGAAUGCUCAGAGACUGGGUGGGAGAAGAGUCGUUCAAAAAAGCCGUGAACGUGUAUCUGACAACGAAUCGGUUCGACGUCGUGAAACCGGAAAACCUGUGGAACGCGUUCAACAACGUGGUGUUCGAAAACGAGCCAUCCGACCAGGCGACCGGUUCCAUCUUGCUCGACAAAAGCAUGCACAAAAUCAUGAACACAUGGACCGAACGAGCCGGCUAUCCUGUAGUGAUCGUCACGAGACGAGACGAAUCGCUCGUCCUGACCCAAGAACCCUUCUCCGUCGACCGCCCGAACGCGAACGAUACCACCAAGUGGUUCGUUCUUCUGAGUUACACCACGAACGCGACCGAGGACUUCGACGAUACCCUGUCGACGCCGUCCGUCUGGUUGGAUCCGUCCGUUGGCAACGGGACCGCGGACGUCCCCGUGGCCGACAACGUCAGAUGGUAUAUAUUUAACGUGCGGUCUACAGUUAUUUGCAGGGUCAACUAUCCAGAAGAAAAUUGGCUGUCGCUGAUCGAGCAGCUAAUCAACUCGCCGGCGGCCGUGCACGUACUCAACAGAGCGCAGCUGAUUGACGACUCGCUCAAUUUAGCGAGGGCGGGCCGACUGGACUACGGGGUGCCGCUGGCUAUGACGGAGUACCUGGAGAAAGAACGUGACGUCGUUCCGUGGUUCCCGGUCAUGAACGGUUUUAGCUACGUGUUGGAUCGGAUGCGGCGGAGCGACCGAGGACACGCCGACGUCAAGGCCUUCGUCAGUCGAUUGGCCGGCAUCGCGUUCCGGAUGGUGGACAAGCUCGUCGCGCAGCAAAAGAACCGUCCUCAGCACCCCAUUAAUAUCGGUUGGAACGCAUUUUCGACGUGGGCGUGCAAGCUGAACAACGACGAUUGUGAGAGGACGACGCUGGACUAUUACCGGAGAUGGCUGAACGGCGAAGAGAUACCGGCCGACAUCAAGGACGCGGCGUUCUGCACGGCAAUCAGACGCGGUGGAAGCGCGGCAGACGGGACAUGGGAGAAAAUGUUGGACUUGUACAAAACCACCAGGACGCAUUCGGAGAGGCAAUCCGCGCUCCACGCGUUGUCCUGCACCGAGGACGUCCAAUUGUUGACGACGCUUUUGGAAAUGAUAUUGGAAAACAAGUGUCCGAUCGAAAAACAUGAUUACAAUGCGUUAUUCGUCGCUCUUUCUUCGACGUCGACCGGAGUGACUGCACUGACUAAUUUCCUCCGAAAUCAUUUCGCUAGCAUCAUCAACAACGUAGAGAACGGCAAAAAUAUGGUUUUCACGGUAUACUCGAUUUUGUCUUCCAAAGUUUCUACCGACCAAGAAAUCACUAAGAUGUCAGAAAUUGCGUCUGCAACCACGAUGCCAGUUGAAAUUAAAAAUAAAUUAAGAGCAAUUUAUCAUGGCGAAAUUGAAAACAACCUAAAAUGGUUCGAUCUUUAUUCUAUAGCAAUCCGGGAGAUCAUAAAACCCGGAUCGACAAAUAUUUCGACGACAACACCUGCUGAUAAAACCCAAGAUGAUUCAAAGGACAGUUCCAGCGCUCCGUCGAUAUUUCAUGAUUAUACUACUAUUUUACGAAUGCUCACCGUGUCGUUGUUGAUUAAAUUUUUUAUCAACAACGACUAAAUACGUUAUACUUUAUUAAUGUUCAUAGCUAUACAUGUAUACGUUAUUAUCGUUCAAAAAUAUAAUCGAAAAAAACUUUUAACUAUCAUAAGAAAAAUAUGUUUCACCAUAAUUUGAUUUUUUUU